CCGUCAAGACACAUUGACAGAAGAAUCUCAUGAAAUAAGCGAAACGAAUAAGGUUAUUCAGGAGCUAGAAUAUGACGAGGAGAAGCAAUUAGAAGACGAAGAAAAAAACAUUAUUAUAAAUAGCAGUACAAGUUCUACAGCUGGCGAGGAAGAACAAAAAGAAAGCGGCAAGGUACAAGAAGAAGAACAACGACACGAUGAAGUAGACAGUGAUCGAGAAUUUGAUUGGAACGACGAUCCAGACCAAAUCAAACCAAAGCGAAGAAAGACAGCUAGAGAAAGGUUUGCUGCUGCUAUGCAGAAUCCGUGUUGCUGGCACUACCUUUCCCCUAUUGUUAAACGCAUCAUUAUUGCUGUUUUAGGUUCUUGUGUCUUUAUUGUGGUUGCUAUAGUUAUUUAUCUGACCUUACCUAAGCCAACGGAAGCUCAACUUGAAGACCCUAACUUUACAAAUGUUAGAAGUAAUGUGCAAUGUUGGAUGUAUUGGGCUGCCUUUAUGUGGCACAUUUAUUGGGUCUCUACUUUCAUGCUGGACAUGGUUCCUUCUGUAGUUUCCCUCUGGACUAAACUCUUUCGGGGAAGACGUUCUGAAAAAGUCAAGUCGUACAUGGAGUAUUACAUGAGCCUAAAAGGCUAUUUCUGUUUGGUAUUAUUGGCUGCUUGGAAUCUAGGUUCUUGGACCUUCUUGAUCAACCAAAUUUUUGCUUCUCUCAAAGUACACACUUACACUUACAUUGUUACCAAAGUAUUUGGCUGUAUUUUGGCUGCUGCAGGUUUGUUUUUUAUCCAGAAAAUGGUUAUCCAAAUCAUUGCUGUCAAGUUCCAUCGCACUGCCUUUUCAGACAGACUCAAAGAAAACAAACAAUGUUUAAAGAUCUUAGAUACGCUCAGUAAAUCGGAAAAAAAGUCUCGCCCUGCCUCAGGUGCAGUGGGAGGUAUUUCAAGCAAUAACUUGAGAAAGCGCCGCUCGCCUUUAGCAGCCGGAAAACAUGAGAGCCAUGCUUAUCCAAUCCAUCCUCAAAUACUGACGGAUGAAGCGCACAAACAUCCUUCUUCUCUUGCUCUCUUCAAAAAGUCAGUGUCCAAUUUUGUCUUGGCGGAAAAGCCAAGUACCUCAACUGGCCGUGUUGAUAAGAACAAGAUGGACAUCAACUCCGACGAUUAUGCUAAAAAGGUUGCCAAAAAACUCUUUUAUUCAUUGGCUUAUCCUGAAGGCUACUGUGGUCAGGAAGAAGACAACAAAAAGUACCUGGACGUCUAUAACUUUAUUCCUUAUUUCAAAGAUCGUGAUCAAGCCGUGGAAGCAUUCAAGGUGUUUGACAAGGAUGGUAAUGGUAACUUGACAAGACGUGAGUUCCGUGAUACAGUUGUACAAAUCUAUCGUGAACGUAAGGGUCUUGCUCAAUCAAUUCGUGAUACUGGCCAAGCACUCGGAAAGAUCGAUGUUCUCUUACUGAUGGUUUCUACUUUUGUUACCACUUGUAUUUGCUUGAGAAUCUUUAAUGUUGAUUUCUGGGCUUCAUUGAUUCCUAUUGGUACCCUUUUAGCUGCCUCAACCUUUGUCUUUGGUUCUUCUGCUGAAUCCCUCUUUAAAGGCAUCAUGUUCCAAUUUGUUACCCAUCCUUAUGACUCUGGAGACCUUGUUAUGGUUGAUGGUACCUACAUGACCGUCGAAAACAUUGGUAUCUUAGGCACUGUAUUUGUUGGUUCUGAUGGUACAAAGAUGUAUGCUCCUACUACAGUUCUUUUGACAAAGAUUAUCUCAAAUGUUCGUCGUUCAGAAAAUAUGGGUGAGACACUCAAGUUCAACAUUGAUUUCAGAACAGACAAUGAAUUGAUUUUGGUGCUUCGUGAAAAGCUUGUUGAGUGGGUGCUUUCUCAACCUCGGGACUUUGGAUCUGGCUUUGAUUUGCGUGUGACUGAUAUCAUUGAUAUGAAUCAAGUUAUUUUAACUGCUUGGUUGCCUCACAAGGGUAAUUGGGCCGAUCUUGGUAAGCGUUUUCAGAGAAAGACACGAUUUAUGUUGGCAUUGAAGUCUAUCUUGACUGAAUUGGAUAUCAAGUACGAAUUACCUGCCCAAAGAAUUACUUCUGGUUUAGAAAAGAACCCUUUUACUUCUUUUGCUUCUCCACUUCAAAACUUCACUGAACAAGAAAGAGCAAGAAGUAACACUUAA